AUGGCGUACGAAACUUCACCCAUCUUCGUCAUCCAGACCAUUGUAGGCAUCAUCGGUUUGUUUGGAAACUGCUUGGUCUGCAUUGUCAUCUGGCGAACCCCGGCCAUGCACACCACUACCAAUGCAUUCAUCUUCAAUCAAGCCACGGUGGACUUUCUCGGUUCCAUCUUUAUGUUACUGAGCAGUGUCGUUCCGGUUCCUGAGAUCUUACCAUCAGGAACGGCCGGAGUUAUCCUCUGUCGAAUCUGGAUAUCCAACUAUUUCCUGUGGGCUUGCUACGUUACGUCGUCGUUCAACUUAGUGGCUCUAACCUUUGAGCGGUACCUGGCCAUAGUCUACCCCUUCAAGUUCCAGAAAGUCUGCCACCGUCUCGGAGCGAUCGUAGUCAUCGUGUUUGUCUGGGUGGCCGGGUACUCCGUCGCACUCUACGCCGUAGAAAUCUAUCGUUUUCGAGAGGGUCUUUGCCUGCGCUUCUUUGACCCAAAACUCCGAGUUGUUGGGACCAUGAUACCGGGCUUUCAGUAUUUCUUCCCCGUCGUCUCGAUGCUCGUCGCCUACAUCCACAUCACCGUGGAGCUAAAGCGGAGCGCGCGACGGCUGGCUCGCAUCAUGGGUCCUAGCGUCGCGGGAGACGGCACGUCGGCUCAGGUGCAAGAGUCGGCCGACGAGUCCCUUCUACGAGCAAGACGAAACACUUUCAAGACGCUGCUCAUGGUAUUCAUCGCGUACAUCACUUGCUGGACGCUGAACGCUAGUAUCCUCCUCGCCGGCUCCCUGGGUUACCCCUCAGCGGACUCGUCUGCUCACUACAUCAUCUCGGUGUCUCUCGUGGCGGCUAACUCAGCCGUCAAUCCGAUCAUCUAUGCCUUCAAGUAUAAACAGUUUCAGAUUGGACUGAGGAAGAUGUUCAAGAUGAACAACGCAACGGUGGACGCGAUCAAUCCAUCCACUGCUAUCACUUUGGCCUGA